CAUGGCAGCAUUUUGUUUUCUCAUUUCUUCGUUACAGGUUUCUUUUUCUUUGUCAUUUCUGUCAGUCUAACCAAACUUUGAGAUCGUUGAUCUUCAGGUGACAAACAUCUCUUCAAUUGCUGUGCAAACCGCGUUCAGCAAUUCCACUCGAGCCGCCACAAAAUCAGGAUAUCUGCUGGCAGAUUCCUCAGACCUCUAUCCUCUCACUUCACUUCCGAAACCAAGGACAAAACACCAGAAGAACAUCAUGGCUUUCCCUGACUACGGAGCGGCGCCUCUAGUGAAAACAUUCUUCCUGGCUCGCGGGGUCGCUAUUGCGUCAAUGAUUGCAAUCAUUGGUAUGACGGCCGACUUUAUCGCGCAGAUUGUCAGCACCAACAGGACGGUGCCGCAAGAGAUCAUCGGGACGCUGAUUAUGACUUGUAUCGCUGCGUUUUACAGCCUGAUUAGUUUGCCAUUUUUCUAUUCAAAUGCAAACCUUGAACUCCUCGUCAUGGCCGUCAUGGACGGCUUGCUGCUCAUAGGCUUCAUCAUAGUCUCAGUCUUGCUCGGAAAACCGGUGUCCUACCUCGACUGCAUGGUGAUUGGCGAUAGCAACGCGGCAGGCUCUGCACAGUCAGCAGUACAAUUCGCACAAUCACUGGCUUCCACUUUCAACAACAGCGACGGCACACUCAUGUUGAGCAAUUGGGCGAGCGCCACGAAAAUGAAUUGUUUGGAAACCAAGGCAGUUUGGGGGUUGGCUAUUGCUUUGUCAAUCUGCUUCUCAUGCUCGAGCUUGAUCCUGCCGUCGUUAUGGUUUAAGGCCAAAAAGACGAGCGGGAAGCUGGCUGUCUGA